CUAACCACCAAAACAACCAAUCACGGAAAAGCAAAUUCCGAUCCAAACUCACAGCUCUCACUCGCGGUCAUUCCGAAUACACCUUCCAUCUCCCUCGAGCAACGGACAUUUACAAGUGCCAGACAGACAAUCAAAAUGGCCGACAGAGACCCUCGCUUCAACCAGAGCGUCCUGGUGGACACCACCCCGAUGCCCGCUGGUAUUCCCAAGGUCGAAGAGGUUGGAGCGACGUCAGCGCCGUUGACGAGCGCAGCGUAUUUUAUUGGAGACCGGUGCCAGGCGUUCAACGACGAUUACAUGAAAUGCAAGAGCGAGGCGAAUGGACGCGGGGAACUGGAAUGUUUGAAGGAGGGUCGCAAAGUCACUCGUUGUGCGGCUAGUGUUAUCAAGGAUAUCAACACCAACUGCUUGAAGCAGUUCACUGCCCACUGGGAGUGUCUGGAGAACAACAACCACAACCUGUGGGAAUGCCGCAGGCCCGAGAUGCAAUUGAACAAUUGCGUUUUUGAGAAGCUGGGCCUCAAGAAGAAUAUCCCCGGUGCUCCGGAGAACCAGACUCCCGUACAUCUCCGGCCUAAGCAGCUGUAUGCUCAAUACGCCGGUCCUCAGUACUAGAAUGAACUGUAUUACUUCUUUUUUUUUUUUUUUUUUUUUUU